UGAGCUGUAUUCGAGUGGAUCUUUGUUAACUAGAAAUAUAAUCUAUGGCUCGACUGUCUCAAUCGAUGUUUGGCUGUUCCUCCGAAUGUGAAGAAUUGCUACUUGAACUGAUAACAGCUAUAAAAGAAUUACGAAGCCAUACACGCUUUAAAGGAGAUUGUUUCGAAGAACAGAAAGUUUUCGAUGAAUCAAUUUGUUAUCUCGAUUGUCCGCCGGAUAAACUGGGGUGGCUGCAUCGAAGCAUUAAGCGGAUUUUUACGCAUAGGAUCAAAAAUAAUCACGAUGUAUGGAAAGUCGUAGAGGGUCUGAAGUUUUUAAAUCCAGCUAUAUCAUUAAUCGUGAGACGCGACAUGCUUGAUUCAAAUAUUAAUGAUAAAGGAUUAUUAUGGAUAUUUCAAUGUGUACAGCAGCGCUGCGUGUCGGAAAACUUGAACUGGCUUAUCACCGAUAAGGAGCAUAUGAGCUUAUGUUAUGAAAAUGACGCGUUUCUACGUGAUGAAAAAUAUGCAGAUGCGAUGAUGGUUUGCUUCAACGCAUUUGAACGAGGUCAACCUACACUGCUCUCUCAAAUCGACCCACAAUUGUAUAGUCAGAAUUCACGGGCAUUUGUAAGUAUCAAACGUUCAGAGUCCCAUCCCAAUUUGGUAAUGUUGAUGGAUGUGCCAAAUAAUAAAGGAGCUUUAAAACGGAGACAGACAAUUCAUUAUGCAAACCGUAAUUUUGCUCUGACAAGUGUUAUCAAAAGGAAAAAAACAUCACAAAGUUUACCAAACAUUACAAUUCGCGAUUAUUAUCACCGGGGAUGCCUGGAGGCAAAAUAUUCAGUUAGUGAAACAUUGCCCGAUACCCAGUAUACGCCAAGUGUGCCAAAAUUUCAGUACUCCGAUAACAGCGCGACAAAACCGGCACCGAGUAUAUUGAAUUGUGAAAAUAUCAAAAUUUAUACUGAAUCAACGAGUUGUAGUCCGGAACAGCAGGGAUGUUGGCAAAGGAUGAAAAAUGAGAAGCAGAGUGAUACUAAUGGUACACGCUCUGAUCUGUUUAGCUUGGCUUCUUUCGGCAGUCCAAGAGUAUUACUGAAUGAGUUCAUUCCGCAAUGUGGUGAAAAAAUUAAUCCUGGUGAAAGCAAAAUCGUUGGUAGGGUGUUGAAAGAACUUCCAUCUCGCCCUACUCCUGGCCAAAGUUUGACAUCUUUUUUAAAAACGGUUUACUUUUCACGCACUAAUACUGAAUUGGACAGAGAAAAUGCUCACUUUAGUCUAUCCGAGGCGUUGAUAGCAACGUUUGAGCAGCUCAAAUGGAACGAUAACGAAUCUACUCGUUCGGGUAAUAGAAAAGAAUAUCAUCAGCGUUCAUCAACAUCAAACCUUUGGACGUCAUACCCAGGUUCGCCGCAAUUCAAUAUAGGGGAUAAAAUAUCAAGCGAAUCAGUGCCUAGCGUUAGUCCAUCGAAUGCUUCCAAAGAAAGUACUUCUACGAUGGGUUCUUCAUUAUCCGAUAGUAAUAGCAGUGGAUCCUGUGAAUCAUCCUCAAGAUAUCGGUAUAAAUCACCGAAUACAGAAAUUUGUUCAUCUGACGUUGAAGAAGACUUGGAAGCAAUUGAAGCAAACGAAUCUGUAAAUAAUGUCAAAUCAUACUCAGCAGAAGGAGUAGCGCUUAGUUUACUCUCGAAAUUCAACGAAAAGCAACUACCAUCAGCAUGUGAUUUGUUGUGGUUGGUUUCCGAGCAGGAUGCCCCGCAGCAAAUUUUGCCAAUGCCCAAAGACGGCCAAAUUGUGAAUCCGGACGAACAAAGCGGGUUGAACACAAUCAUUCGUGGAACAAGGGAGUGGGCUCCGCCCAGGCCCCAAAUUAUAUUCACCUACAGUAAUCCACUGCCAGAUCGGCGAACCCAAAUGGCGAAGCAAAAUUUUCGAUGUGCUGGAUGUGGUAUGAAGGUAGCCCCAGCUUAUUCUAGUCGAUUCCGAUACUGUCAUUACUUGGGCAAAUACAACUGCUCCGGUUGCCAUAAAAAUCAAAUGUCAGCAAUCCCGGCAAAAAUUAUCGAAAGGUGGGAUUUUACAUUUUAUCCCGUAAGUAGUUUCUCAUAUCAUUUACUAAGUGAUAUUGCCGCGUGUCCACUUUACCGAAUCAAUCAUCUCAACCCGAAGCUAUACGAGAAAGUUCGAAUUUUGUAUGCAGCUCGAAUCUUAAGAAUAAACUUGAAAUACAUUCGAGAUUUUAUUGUCAACUGUCGCUUUGCAGACGACAUAAAAUUAUUGUUUAAUACAAUAUCUGAUCAUCUAACAGUAGAUAUAGAUUGUUGGUCCAUGGCAGAUUUUAUUUCCGUUAGAAAUGGCUCGUUUCAAAAAGAAAAAACUGACUUAAUUAGGCGUUGCGAGAAGCAUAUAUUCGAAUGUGAGCUUUGCAUAGCGCAUGGAUUUUUGUGCGAAAACUGUGAUCGCAAGGAGAUAAUAUUUCCUUGGCAGAAACGUAUAGUCAAAUGCAGUAAAUGCGGCGCAUGCUUUCACGAAGUAUGCUGGCUCUCGAACUGUGUUAAGUGUGAUCGCCUACUGAAGCGUCGAUCAUCGAAAAAGUAGGAUAGAGUCUAGAGUGUUAUGAGGACUGUAAAAUUUCUAGU